AUUAACAUAAUGUCGAAGGUAAUCAAUCAAUGAGUAUUAAAACGAUUUUGUAUAAUCUUCGUUUUAAAAAAGAGUCAGAUCAUUUUCAAAACUGGAUGGAUCUGUUCUUUAGAAUAAUUAAUAGAAUAUAUCAAAUUAUAUUCAAUGGACUAUCUGGACAUAGUUUAUUAAUUCAAAAUACUUCAAAUCAUUCUAUAAUCGAUAACAUGUAUUAUACGGAAACACAAACUACUUGGAAGAAUGCAGAUGCUGUAUGCUUUGACGUGGAUUCAACCUUGAUCCAAGAAGAAGGUAUUGAUGAACUUGCCAAAUUUUGUAUGAAAGGCGAAGAAGUUGCUAAUUUGACUAAAAAGGCAAUGGGCGGUUCAAUGACGUUUGAGGAAUCAUUACGCUUACGUUUAAAUAUAAUCAAACCAAAUUUGGGACAAAUUAGAGAUUUUAUUCGAAUGCAACCACCAAAAUUAACACCUGGUGUUAAGCAACUUAUUCAAACUCUACAAAGUCGACAAAUACCAAUUUAUUUAAUUUCUGGUGGAUUUCGUUCGAUAAUUGUUCCAAUUGCUAGUCAAUUAAAUAUACCUUUGGAAAAUAUAUUUGCGAAUCGAUUAAAAUUCUAUUAUAAUGGAGAAUAUGCUGGAUUUGAUGAAAAUGAGCCAACAUCGAAAAGUGGUGGAAAAUCUCAAGUAAUACAAUAUUUAAAAGAAAAAUUUGGAUAUAAAAAUUUGGUAAUGAUUGGAGAUGGUGCAACAGAUUUAGAAGCGUGUCCACCAGCUGAUGCAUUUAUUGGUUACGGUGGAAAUGUCAUCCGUGAAAAGGUAAAAUCAAAUGCAAAAUGGUUUGUAACAGAUUUUCAGGAAUUAAAUCAAGUGCUUAAACAUGAAUAAAGCAUUCCAAUAUA